AACUGGGUCUUGUGUGCCUCUGAUUUGGUUGGAUACUGAUGCAUUAUCGCAUUUUGAAAAGUCUUUGUAAAUAGUGUGAAUGAGAGAGAGAUCGUAAUAAGAUUUCAACUUUUUUUCUGUUUGGCUUUUGGUUCUUUUUUUUUUUGUUUUUUUCUCUGUCGUCUUUUUGAAACCUUUUCGUUUUACUGACCAACAGUUGGUCAAGCACUGAAUGCUGUAGAAGCUGGCGGAAAAUUAGGGUUUCUUCUUUUCUUUUUCUCUCAUUUGGAUGGUGUUUCAGAGAUUUUCCCUUUGAUAAGUUUGUGUUCUAGGGAGGGAAAAGAAAGGUGUGAACGGUGGAUCAGAAAGAAGACUUUUUUUUUUUUUCUUCCCCCUUGUCUUUUCUAUUUCUUUAAUCCCUUUUUCUUCUCGAGAGGGAGUGCAAAUUCAUGCAUGGGGCGUUGACAAUGAAACUUCUUUUUCUUCUCUGAUGAAAAAUGCUACUGUAAUAACCUUUGUUCAACGCUGGAGGUGGCUGGGGCUUUUAGAUCAAUACUUGAUAGACAAGGAAAAAAAUCUAAGCACAUCCUUGCGAAACUGAUAGCUCCUUUCGGAUAAACCAAGAAUAGAAAAGGGUCAUCUUUUUGUUUUCCCAUUUGGAUGAGUUCUGGGGUUUGAGGAUCAGUAAUAGUAGCAGUGUUAAUAGUGGUGGUGGUGGUGGGGGUUCAAAGAUUGUGGCUGAUAUUGUUACACGGCAAUACCAUGCAUAGUGGUGGCAUUGGACAUCGGCCACCAGUCGUCACUCCAUCUAUUCCCAAAUCACCCGCCCUCUCUCUCUCUCUUAAAGGAAAUAUGGAUACUCAUGGUGAUAUGGGUCUACUUGGGGAACAUUUGGAUCCUAUUAUAGUGAGGAGGAUCAAGGAGGAUGGUUACGAGAGCAGGUCUGGCAGUGAUAAUCUGGAAGGUGCAUCUGGGGAUGAUCAGGAGGCUGGAGAGGAUCAACGGUGCCGGAAAAAGAAAUACAAUAGGCAUACUCCUCAUCAAAUACAAGAGCUUGAAAUUUUCUUUAAGGAGUGUCCUCAUCCUGAUGAAAAACAAAGAUCGGAACUUAGCAGGAGGCUUGGCUUGGAAAGCAAGCAAAUCAAGUUUUGGUUCCAGAAUAGGCGAACCCAAAUGAAGAACCAAUUGGAACGUCAAGAGAAUAUCAUCCUUAGAGAAGAAAAUGAGAAGCUUCGAGCUGAGAAUGAGUUAUUGAAGCAGAAUAUGACAGACCCAAUUUGCAACAACUGUGGCAGCCCUGUGGUUCCUGGUCCUGUAUCUUAUGAGCAACAACAAUUAAGGAUUGAAAAUGGUCGACUCAAGGAUGAAUUAGGUCGUGUUUGUGCUUUAGCCAACAAGUUCUUAGGUAGGCCUCUAUCUUCGUCCUUCUGUCCUAUCCCUCCCUUUGGUUCAAAUUCCAAGUUGGACCUUUCAGUUGGGAGAAGUGGAUAUGGAGGUAUAUGCAAUGUAGAGACGACAUUGCCGUUUGGACUUGAUUAUGGUGGAGGUAUCACAAUGCCGUUAAUGAAGCCGACGACUAGUCCUAUGCUCAAUGAAGUUCCUUAUGAUAGAUCUAUGUUUAUAGAUCUUGCAUUAGCAGCCAUGGAUGAAUUGAUUAAGAUAGCUCAGAUUGAUAGUCCUCUUUGGAUCAAAAGCUUGGAAGGAGGAAAGGAUGCCCUGAACUAUGAGGAGUAUAUGAGGACGUUUUCCCCUUGUAUUGGUGUGAAACCCAGCAGCUUUGUGACUGAGGCGACUAGAGAGACUGGUAUAGUAAUCAUCAACAGCUUGGCUCUCGUUGAGACUUUGAUGGAUGUGAACCGGUGGGUAGAAGCAUUUCCUGGUCUGAUUGCUAGAGCCUCCACAAUUGAUGUGAUCUCGAGUGGCAUGGGUGGAACUAAAAAUGGUGCCUUGCAAGUGAUGCAGGCAGAGUUUCAAGUGGUUUCACCUUUUGUCCCUGUGCGUCAAGUGAGGUUCCUUAGGUUCUGUAAGCAGCACGCAGAGGGUUUCGGGGCUGUGGUUGAUGUUUCCAUUGAUGCAAACCAAGAAAGUUCCAUUUCAUUCCCAUUCGCUGCUUGCAGGAGAUUUCCUUCUGGCUGUAUCAUGCAAGAUAUGCCCAAUGGUUGCUCCAAGGUUACCUGGGUGGAACACUCACAGUAUGAUGAGAGUGCAGUUCAUCAACUUUAUCGGUCAGUACUUAGUUCUGGCAGGGGCUUUGGUGCUCAUAGGUGGCUUGCCACCCUACAGAGGUACUGCGAGUGUACGUCAGUCCUUAUGUCUCCGACCAUUUCUGGUGAUGAUCAGACAGUGAUAAGUAUAAGUGGUAAGAAAAGCAUGGCAAAGCUAGCACAGCGCAUGGUGGAUAACUUUUGUUCUGGAGUUUGUGCUUCAUCUUUGCACAAGUGGGAUAAGCUUCUAGUUGGAAAUGUGAGUGAAGAUAUUAGGAUUUUGACCCGAAAGAAUAUUAAUGAACCUGGCAAACCACCUGGUAUCGUUUUGAGUGCUGCAACUUCUGUCUGGUUGCCAGUUAUGCGGGAAAGGUUAUUUGAUUUCUUGCGUGAUGAACGAUCAAGAAGUGAAUGGGACAUUUUAUCCCAUGGUGGGAUGAUGCAGGAGAUGGUCCACAUUUCCAAGGGCCACUGUCGCGGGAAUUGUGUUUCUCUCUUGCGGUCAAGUGCUGUUUGUCCUAACGCAAAUGAGAGCAGCAUGAUAAUAUUGCAAGAAACAUGGAAUGAUGCCUCAAGUUCUCUGGUAGUAUAUGCACCAAUUGACAUAGCAUCAAUGGCUCUGGUGAAGAAUGGUGGGGAUUCCAACUAUGUGGCUCUCUUGCCAUCAGGAUUUGUGAUUCUUUCAGAUGAUCCAAUCAGUCAAGGUGGUGCAAAUUUCUGUAACGGGACCCUGAUCAAAAGGGAUAGUGAUGGGGGUGAUGGAGGAGGAUCUCUCCUUACAGUUGGAUUCCAAAUUUUGGUGAAUAACCUUCCUACAGCUAAGCUCACAUUGGAGUCAGUGGAGACGGUGAAUAGUCUGAUAUCGCGCACAAUUCAAAGGAUCAAACAGUGCUUCGACUAACAUAGCUGAAAGAGAUAUGGAAUUGUUCUAGCUGCCAGA